AAACUUACAUUGAACAUUGACAUUUUUACUUAUGUGAAAUGGGCAGAAAGAGACCUCUUAAUCACCCGUGAGUUAUAUAUAUAAUAUAUAUAUAGUUUUAGUUUAAGCAGGGUUGCAAAUACUCCAGUAAGGUUCCAAAUCCAAUCCAAGUGCAUCGCUGAAGAUUAGAAGAAUCUCCACAAUGGAUCGUCAAUGGCGUCCAAAUCCCAAUCCCAUCCAAUACCAAAACAAUCUCUGCCCUAAUUGCUUUAUCCAACACUUUCCCUUUUGCCCCUCCCCUCCCCCUCCCCCUCCCCCUAAUUGGCCGCCACCACCACCACCACCACCACAACCUCACCACCAACUUCAACCUAACUCUAACACCACUUACGACUCCGAUUUCGAUAGAACCUUCAAAAGACCAAGAAUCGACGACGACCAACGAAGAUUAAAGCUCAUUCGUGAUCACGGUUUCAAUCCUCCAUACCCUCACCACGCUUACGUCACAUCACCACCACCACCACAACAACAACACCGUGACGCAUUUCCUCCUCCGCCACCACAUAUUCACAACGCUUCCAAUCCAAUUUACCAUCCACAGCACCAUCUUCACAAUGCACCUUACCACGGUCAAUUUGGCGUUGUUCACGAUGUUAAUUUUCCUUUUCAACAUCAACAAGGGAAUGGUAACAACAAUAGUCAUAACUUGAAUGCAAGAGAAUUGCAUCAUCCUUAUCCAUAUCCUUACCCUAAUGGCGAGAAUACCAGUCAAAUGGAACCUUCUAGAUUCUUCAACAACAUGCCUCCUCUUCCUACUUCUCCGCCGCCACCUCUUCCACCCAUGGAUCCACCCGUUAAUCAAUUCAAAACCUACUUUUCUCCACCUAACAAAUCACCUUCUCUUUUUCCUGUUACUACUUCCGUUGCUCAUGAACCUCACCCCUUACCUCAACCUUAUUUUCACACUAGUAAACCGCACCAUCCAGAAUUUUCCACUGGAUUUCCUAUUCAGGAACCCUCGAAACAGUACCCGGGAGAUGCUCAAUCUUUUUCACUGAAUCGAUUACCUGCUGAGAAGCCUAAGUUUGUUGAUGCUUCCCAAUUAUUCCGGAAUCCACUUCGAACUUCACGUCCCGAUCAUUUUGUCAUCGUACUCCGUGGUCUUCCAGGUAGUGGUAAGAGUUACUUGGCAAAGAUGUUGCGUGAUCUAGAGGUUGAAAAUGGUGGUGAUGCUCCACGAAUUCAUUCUAUGGAUGAAUAUUUUAUGACUGAGGUUGAAAAGGUUGAGGAUAAUGAUGGGUCAAAAUCUUCAAGUUCAGGAAGAAACAAAAGGCCUGUAACAAAGAAGGUCAUGGAGUAUUGUUAUGAACCUGAAAUGGAGGAGGCUUAUCGGUCAAGCAUGUUGAAAGCAUUCAAGAAAACUGUUGAGGAGGGUUUUUUUACCUUUAUAAUAGUGGAUGACCGCAAUCUGCGGGUAGCUGAUUUUGCUCAAUUUUGGGCAACUGCAAAGAGAUCGGGUUACGAAGUUUACAUUUUAGAAGCUACUUACAAGGACCCAGUGGGUUGUGCUGCAAGGAAUGUCCAUGGAUUUACACAGCAAGACAUAGAAAAGAUGGCUGAGCAAUGGGAAGAAGCUCCAUCCUUGUAUCUGCAGCUUGAUGUGAAGUCACUAUUUCAUGGAGAUGAUCUAACAGAAAACAGAAUACAGGAGGUUGACAUGGAUAUGGACGAUGAUCUUGAUGAUGCUUUACCUGCAGCACAAGGCAGAGAAGCUAACAAAGCUGCUGACCCUCCUGUCAAGGAUGAUGAAAGUUCCAUAAAGGGGGGGAAGAGAUGGGAUGCUGAAGAUGAACAUCCAACGGAAGUCAGAGAUUUGGGUAAAAGCAAAUGGUCAGAAGAUUUUGGUGAAGAUGGUAUCUACCAAACAGAAGGUAUGAAGGGCAAUAUUAAUGCUCUGUCUGGGUUAAUUCAUCAAUAUGGCAAGGAACGAAAAUCUGUACAUUGGGGUGAUCAGGCUGGCAAAACAGGAUUUUCUAUAGGCACUGCAAGGAAGAUAAACGCAUUGUCUUUAGUGAUUGGACCUGGUGCUGGAUACAACCUGUGUGUUUAUGUACAGAAGUCGAAUCGUUUACCUGAAGAGGAAAGUCCAACCCGAAAUAGUGUGGAACCAAAGAAGCACAACACAUUUCAAGAAAGAAUCCGGGCUGAACGUGAAUCAUUCAAAGCUGUCUUUGACGGGAGACGUCCACGUAUUGGACUUGAUGUGGAGGAGGACUGAUUCAGAAAUUUAGUUCAUUCUGCGCUUCAUAAAGAUAGGUUGGAUUUAUACCUUCAUGUAUCAUGACUAGUUAAAUUAAAGAAAAUUGAAAUUUUUGGCUGGCUGGCUGGAAUUGAAAAACAUGCUCUCCCUAGCCAAGUUUUGUGAAAUGAUGUAAAAUUUGUAUCAAAAGGUUAAAAUUUGUAGUAUAUAUAUAAAUUCCUAAUAUGGUAAGAUCAAGUUGGUAUCUGUA